GGUACAAGGUUUUAUAACCUAAAAAAACUCCUUGAGGCUCACCAGUCUCCCUAUAAUUGUUUUCCCUCAUACCAAAAGUCACUAGUAUCAUCCCGUACGAAUUUUCAAAAUCUCAUCCCUCGUCACCCACGAACACGAAAAAUUAUAUAAUUUCACGUAACACAAAAGUCCGAGCGAACCAGAAGCACACGGAGUGAAAAACCGGUUCGCAUUCUUACACAGUAGAAGCCAUAAUACUGUUUUUCCCCGAAAGAGCCAGCGCCACAGUCACAAUGUAUUUACGGUACGGCGGCGUAUAGAAAUCGUGUUACUCGAGAGAAUGCAAAUAAAAAAAAAUUAAAUAAAAAAAAAACGAACAAACAAACGUAUACCUGCAUAACCCAGUCACCUAUUUGCAAAACAGUGUCCCAGGUAUAUACGAAGUACAGUCCCUGCUCGACGCAUAGACAACGAUGAUGAGUCAUAACCCGACCAUCACCGCUUACGUAAUACUUUGGCAUAUAAAACAGCCGUACACACCACGAAGCAUUACAGACUGUAUUAUCCUUAGUAAAAAAAAAUUAUUUAUAAUAAAAUCCGGGAUCAAACAUAUUCGUCUAGCAAGAACAACGUGUACGUUUAACCGCCGAGUAUCGAAAUGUCGCUGUUUUAUUCACAGUCAGCAAAGGACAACGUGCACGUGCACGUACUUGACGUACCGUGCGAUUAAUCGAGUAGAUCGAGUAUCAAAUAGUUAGAGUGGGUACGCGCUGCCACUCAAAUGUCUCUCGUCCUCGUGAAAUCGAGAAGGCCGCGUGUUUGCCAUCAGUAAAAUGCCGGAGUGCUAUGGAGGGUUGUUAGCGUGGGUAAAAAUGGCCCGUUACGCCAGAGGGAGUAGAGAAACGAGGACCUCGGUAUUGUCUAACGUCUAAGGGGACAACUUCACACAAUUGCAUUUUAGUGGCUCACUUCACUACGUACUACGGAGUCUACCCCUUAUACAUUCCUUGCUUCCUCGUAGCCAUCGAUCCGCCAUGACGACUUUCCGGCUCGUUUAAACGCCCGUUCGUUAUCUCGCAAUCUUUUUCGAUAUAUAAAGUUGUAGACGCGCACGCAAUGGCUGGCCGACCUUUAGAGCAGCGGAGCUCAGUGGAGUGGAAAGCAACGAGUGCUUUUGACCGGUGAAAUUUUUUUCACGGAAACCUAGAGCGGUUGGUCGCCAUGGACGUGAGACGACUGCCGAGAGUGCUGACAUCUUCAGUGUGACACGCUACUGAUUUUUCAACCCCUGUCGAUUCACCCUUGUUGAGAAAGAGAAGCGACAUCUGUAAAAUGAUUGGCGAUCUCUUGUUACCAGUGGCGCGCACUUUGAAACUUUCUAAGGGCGCACGUGCGUACGUGACAUUUGGCAUAACCCUUGGUGCACUUAGCGUUAGGUGCAUUCCAGUCGAUUGUCCGUUUGUACUUUAGCGUUAGAGAGACACUCUAAAUAAAUCAAAUGCAGUAAGGGCAGUUGCAGGAGUGAGUCAGUAUUUGCAAAGAGUUGUAUAUUAAGGUGAACGUGGGAAAAUAAUUCUGCAUGAUGAAAAAUUCAUUGAAAUUAAAUACUUCGAAGUACCAAUGCAUUGUUUGUCGGCUGGAUACUCUUUCUGUGGGUGAAUUACAUUAUCAUCAGACAUACAAGCACACCCCCGAAGAGCUGUCCCUCUCUGCUAUCAGUCUUCAAGGUCUUAUAAACAUAAGAGAUCCAGCUUUUGAUAUAGCAACGUCGACUGAAUCUUUCUCCAGUGAUCUUACUAAACAACCAAAAUUCUAUAUGCUGUCUGCCAAUCUACUGAGUGAUACGAACAAUAAUUCUAACAAUAACAAUUGUGCAUUGAAUUUUGUAAACACUGUACAUGCAGGAAAAGAAUAUGGAUUUGAUGUAACAAAUAUGAAGAAUAACUCUCAACAUAGCUUUAAGAUUCCUAAAGUGGAAGGUUUCUCUAGCGGUGUGAAACGUGAAAGUUUGCAAUAUAUCAGCGCAGAGGUAAAAAAAGAUAUCCCUUUCACUGAAUUGGAGAUUGAACUUAUGAAAACUGUAGAUAUCAGUAACGAGACCUUCCUUGAGGGUGUUCAUGGUCUCUGCGAGGACUUGAAUGAGAUAAAGAAUAAGAUACUCUUGGGAAAAUGGCCUUUAAAGAAGAACAGUACUCAUACAAGAUUGGCGCGAGGGAAGCAAAAUAGAAAAAUCUGGUCAAAGAGUAAAGCCAGAAAAAUGACUAAGAAACCUAUAACUGAAAGUCUUUCGUUAGAAUGUAAUAUAAAACUUGAAACUCCUACAAUAGAUAACGAACCUGAAAAACAGGAUGUAAUUCUAAAACCAGAUUGCAGUAUUGAGAUUGAAAAUGUAGACCCAGAGAUUAUGAUUAUUGAUAAAACACAAGAUUCAAUGGAUGACAAAUGUUCUUGGAAUUCAAUGAUUGUGGUGGAAAGUCAAUUAGAAGAUCUACUAACUGGUAAAUACAUAAAACUAGAAGACUGCGAGAUGACUGUUUUGAAUCCAAUUAUUCACGAAAUGUCUAUGGAUCUGAAAACUACAAACGAACAAUCUAUUCUUAUGUCUUACACUCCAGAUAAUGUUGGCCAAAUCUCUGUCAAUACUUUUCCUAACGAAACUUGUCAAUUGAGAUUGGAAGAUAUGCCAAGUACAAGUUUUGCUUUUGUUGACACUUCUAUGAAUGAUACUUCUCACAUCAUUACCCAUCAUAGUACUAUCUAAAUCAUUGUUAAAAAGCUCUUUUGAAAGUACAAAGUAGAAAGUACAUCAUUUCGACUGUGUUCAUGUGUAAGUUCUAUGCGAAAAGUGUGAAGAGCAAUGGCAGUACAAAAAAAUAAGACCGGUCACAUCAGUGCGAAUAUCAUAUUUAUAAUCCUAUUCAAGCAUAGAUUCAUUUUAUUCUCUGUUAUUUCAUUUUAAUCUAAGGAGACAGUUCCUAUUUUAUAUGUUUUGAUUAUAUUAUGUUUUGUUUUAUCCAUCAUUUAUAAACGUCAUUUCUAUCACUUUUACUAAAAGAUCUCAAUAUUAAAGAUAGGAGAAAAUGGCAGAACAGUUAAUGUUUUAGAUAUAACAAAAUCAUUAAGGCAUAAAUCAUUUGAUAUAAAGUUUCUUGUGCAUCCCUUAUGUAAGUUAUUCUCUUUCGUCAUAAGUGUAUCAAUAAUUAGAAAUAAAGUUUUUUUUAAUCGA